CUUGAAUGUUUUUGAGUAUAGUCGAUUGUCACUGUCAAUGUCACUGUGUUAUCGUAAAAGGUACUUACUUAUAAUUUAUGUCAAAGUUUAAUAAUUGUGCAAAAAAAAUCAUUGAAAUCAGACUAAAUUAUUAAAUUGCCUGUUCAAAAUGUUUCCGCGAUUGGUUAUUCGUUCAGUUAUUCCAACAACUUAUCGGGUUGGGAAGGUUUUAGCGGGAAGUAAUUUAAAACAAUGCUUCAGUUAUUCCACACUCCAUUUUUCGCGGUCUAUUUCCCGAAUUACUUGGGUCUCUCAGAGAAGGUAUUCCAAGCAGGUGGUACCAGAAACUAUUGUCGUGGACUACGAAUAUGUGAGGAAUUCCAUUGCCGACUGUAAUAAACUCAUUGUGGAUGUGAGAGAGCCUGAGGAAAUUAUAGAACAUGGAAAGAUUCCUAACAGUAUCAAUAUUCCAUUGGGCAAUGUUGUAUCAACUUUAACAUCAAUGUCAGAGGAUGAAUUUAGAAAUUUAUACAACAAACCAAAACCUACAGAACAUACAAUUAUCAUAUUCUACUGUAUGAUUGGAAAGAGAUCUGGCAUGGCUCAGCAGAAUGCUUACAACUUAGGAUAUAAAAACGUAAAGAACUACUUAGGGAGCUGGACUGAAUGGGCAGCAAAGGCAGAAGCAAAAACAGAAAAACUAUAAUUUUGUUAUAUGAUAAAAUUAUGUUUUAUACCAAUAGUCUUAGAAUAAUAACGCAUAGAAACCUAGUCCGCACACGCUAAGUGAGGCAAAUUGAAGCGCUCCCAA